UGAACGUCAAUUUCGAGUUGUUUAGCUUUGUUGCUGUUCGCACGUGGGUUUUAAACAAUUAAACUUUAACUUUAAUAUUUUACAUAAUAAAAAUAAGUAUAAAAUGGGAAAAGUAAAACAAGAACCAGUGGAACAGGAAGAGGCAGGAGACGUAAGCAUCAAGACUGAACCACAAAGUUACGAUGAGAAAGUCGAACACUGCAGUGUUAUAGCCAAGCCGAUGGCGUCAAAGAAACUUAGUAAAAAGAUUUACAAACUCAUAAAAAAAUCCAGUAGCCAUAAGAAUUAUAUAAGAAACGGGUUAAAAAUUGUCCAGAAACAAUUGCGUCUUGGAGAAAAAGGUAUUGUUGUAUUUGCUGGUGAUAUCUCGCCAAUUGAGAUCAUGUGCCACUUGCCAGCUGUUUGUGAAGAGAAAGACGUCCCCUAUUGUUACACACCAAGCCGUAAGGACAUAGGAUCAGCCAUGGGCACCAUGAGAGGAUGCAUUAUGGUACUCGUAAAGGAACAUGAAGAGUAUAAAGAUUUAUAUGAAGAAGUAAAAAGCGAAAUUAAAUUGCUUGGACAUCCAUUAUAGAUUUUAAAUAGAUAUUUAAGGACUA